GGUGUUUUCACGUGGAAAUUGCUAUGUUCGUGUUUUAACUUCUGAAUGAAGCAGGAGUGACCAUUCAUUUCAGUUUAAUUCACUCACAAACAUGAAGUUUUCGUUGUUUCUAAUAGCUGCAGUUAGUGCAGUAAUCUGUAACGCAACUGUAUAUUUCGAGGAGCAAUUUGGAGAUGGAUGGGAAGGCAGGUGGGUAGAGUCAACACACAGAGGGAGUGAACAAGGGAAAUGGAAGUUGUCAGCUGGAAAAUUUUAUAAUGAUGCUGAAAAAGAUAAAGGUAUACAAACAAGCCAAGAUGCCAGAUUUUAUGGUAUUUCAGCAGCUUUUGAUAAAGUAAGCACAGAAGGUAAAGACCUUAUAAUCCAGUUUACAGUCAAACAUGAACAAAAAAUAGAUUGUGGCGGUGGAUAUGUGAAGAUUUUCCCAUCAUCUCUUGACCAGAAGGAUAUGCAUGGCGAUUCUCAAUAUGCCAUUAUGUUUGGUCCAGAUAUUUGUGGACCAGGAACAAAAAAAGUUCAUGUCAUCUUCAAUUAUAAAGGAAAGAAUUUAUUAACAAAAAAAGAUAUUAGGUGCAAGGAUGAUGAAUUUACACAUUUAUACACACUUAUAGUCAAGCCAGACAACACAUAUGAAGUUCGCAUUGAUAAUAAGAAGGUAGAAUCAGGUGGCCUAGAAGAUGAUUGGGACUUCCUUCCUCCCAAGAAGAUCAAAGAUCCUGAAGCAUCUAAACCUGAUGAUUGGGAUGAGAGAGAGAAAAUUGAUGACCCCGAAGACACAAAACCAGAGGAUUGGGAUAAACCAGAAUUUAUCCCUGAUCCAGAGGCAGAGAAGCAGGAGGAUUGGGAUGAUGAAAUGGAUGGAGAAUGGGAACCACCACAAAUCAAUAAUCCAGAAUACAAGGGAGAAUGGAAACCAAAGCAGAUUGAUAACCCAGACUACAAAGGAAAAUGGAUUCAUCCAGAAAUUGAUAACCCAGAAUAUGAAGCUGAUGAUGAAUUAUAUAAACAAGAAGAUUUAGCUGCAAUAGGCUUUGAUUUAUGGCAGGUGAAAUCUGGAACAAUUUUUGAUAAUAUUUAUAUUGGUAAUGAUGUAGCAGAGGCAGAAAAGGCAGCUAAAGAUUUAUUUGAAGCAACUAAAGUAAGACUUGGUUUUGGAGUUUUAAUGAUGUUUGUAAUAUUGCAUAGUUCUGUCGUACAACAUAAUUCACUGUUUAUUCCAUAACAAUCUCUGACAGAU